CUGAUUUCCAGAUAAUCAUUUAACAGGGGAGGAGGACACAGGAUAGUGGCUGCCCAGUGCUCUGUCAUCAACAUAUCUGGUGCCAGAUCAGCUAAUUUCCAUGGCAAUCUGUGAUGGGAAAACCAUUUUAGGAAAUGGCGCCACCACCACCACCAUGUCGACGGUGCAAGUCAAGGUGUGCCAGCAGCCUUGCAACUGGCACGCUGUUCGGCAUCUACUUCGAGUCUAGUUUUCUUCAUGCGGCGGUAAUAAAUUAUAUGAAACUAGUAACCGCUAUUUUGUUUUUAGUGUUAUUGGCAUUAAUGCAUCGUGUAUAUAUCAUUUUGGUUUUUGUACACAGAUCGUCCCAUGCAUUGUGAGGUCAGAAUUCAACAAGCUGACCGGAGACUCUGUGACCUUUGAGGCUCCUGGAGGCCCCUACACUAUGGAGGUCGAGAUAGGACGAAAUAUGACGCAGGUGGGAGGAGAUGGAUGGGUCCGCUUCAUCGCCCACAUGCGUAUCACCGGUGGUGAGUUGAUCAGCUUCUCCUUCAGAGCAGAAAGACCCAAGCUGGCCGUGAUUUAUGUCAACAAAGAAGAAGAUGAUGAAGAUGAUGAGGAGGAUGACGACCCACUUGGUGAAGCCAUCGUAGCUCAAAGAAUGAGGUUGAGCGAGGAGGAGGUGUGCAACCUAUGGGACAUCAUUCCGCCACGUGCUGACUUCGUCGGGGUGCCAUUCGUGACUCGCCCGACAAGUACCAUGGUUGAUCGGCAUAUCAUGAAAUUGCCAAAGAGCCUAUCUGAGAGUUGUGGUAUCAAGCCUGAUGAAGAAGGCUCUGCUGGAAUACGCCUUACCGUGAGGGGCUCCGUCACCACUUGUGCGUACGGCGUGGACACGCACGGUCGCACACACUUCAACUCGGUUGGAUGAAAGAGCUUCCUCGUCGGCAAGAAUCUUCAUGUUGGACAGACAAUCCUAAUUACUAUCAGGAACACCCACCGCCCAGGCUUGAGAAUGAUGGUCGUUAUCGAUAUCAUCUAGAACUACAUAUGCAUGCGUGUGGCUGCUGAACCAUAUAUAUGUUGGAAAUAUGCCCUAGAGGCAAUAAUAAAUGGUUAUUAU